GUGUCAGGAUGUCACUGUCUAUUUCUCCAUGGAGGAGUGGGAGUAUUUAGAAGGACACAAAGAUCUGUACAAGGACGUCAUGAUGGAGGAUCACCGGCCCCUCACAUUACCAGUUAAGGAAGAGCGAAGAACACCGGAGAGAUGUCCCAGUCCUCUUCUUCCACCGGAUGGUUCAGAAGAACAUCACAAUGUCCCACAGGAUGAUCAGCUUUUGGAUCCGGGAAAAGAUCGGAACAUUAUAUCUGUUACAGAGACAUAUGAGAUGGAUGAUGAGCAGAGAAUAGAGGACUUUCCUGCAGAUAACCACCCAGAUGACAGUACCAGGAGUCAAGAGGAACAUGUGAUAUCUUCAGAUUUCAAAGCAGAUGAUUGUGGCAUCACACAAGAUGCAUAUGAAGAGCAUGAUGUUAUCCUAAAUGUAUCCUCCAUCCUCCAAAACAAGGAUAUUUUAUGUGAUGCUUUUAAGAAAGUUCAGUCUUCUGAUUCAUCACGGACUUUAACACAGAAGAAAAGUCACAGAAGGGGUGAUAAUUGUGAAAGACUGCACAUGAAGGAGAGGACAUUUUCAUGCUCAGAAUGUGGCAGAUGUUUUUACCAUACAUCAGAAUUUCUUAAACACAAGAGAAUUCACACAGGAGAGAAGCCGUUUUCAUGUACGGAAUGUGGAAAAUGUUUUACUUUGAAAAGAACUCUGGUUACACAUCAAAGAAUUCACACAGGGGAGAAGCCAUAUUCAUGUUCUGAAUGCGGAAAAUGUUUUGCUUGGAAUUCAAAUUUUAUUAUACAUAUGAGAAAACACACAGGGGAGAAGCCGUUUUUAUGUCCGUAUUGUGGCAAACGUUUUAACAAGAAAUCCGAUCUUGAUACACAUCAGAGGAGCCACAUAGGGUCGAUGCAAUUUUCAUGUUCAGAAUGCAAUAAGUGUUUCAACCAGAAAUCGGAUCUUGUUAGGCAUCAGAGAAUUCACACAGGGGAGAAGCCAUUUGCAUGUCCAGAAUGUGGGAAAUGCUUUACGCAAAAAUCUAUUCUUGAUAACCACCACAGAACACACACAGGGGAGAAGCCAUUUGCAUGUUUAGAAUGUGGCAAUCAUUUUAGGUAUAAAUCAACUCUUCUUAGUCAUCAGAGAACUCACACAGGGGAGAAGCCAUUUUCAUGCCCAGAAUGUGGGAAAUGUUUUAACCAGAAAUCAGAUCUUGUUAUUCAUCAGAGAAUUCACACAGAGGAGAAGCCAUAUUCAUGUUCAGAAUGUGGGAAAUGUUAUAGCAAUAAAUCAGGUCUUAUUAGACAUCAGAGAAUUCACACAGGAUAGAAGCCAUUUUUAUACUCAGUAUGGAAAAUGCUUUAAUCGGGAAUCAAUACUUUUACUCACAAAUCCCAUUAUAUUACACAUCAAAGAACUCAUCAGAGAAGUAGCCAACUAAUUUUAUAAAAAAAACACUACUUGGAAAAAAUAUAACAAUUACAGUCAAAUUAAAGUCACGUGUUAUGCAACGGGAAGCAUGUAAAAGCACUAAAUGAUGAUUACGAAAUUUAUGCAAUUACCAAUAAAUGUAUUUUAUUCAAACAGCAAAUAGAAUCCAGAUAACACACCAAUGUAUUAACUAUGCACAUACAGGUG